GGUGUGCCGCGCGUCUCAGCGCGUCCCAUCGCGUCUAGUCUCCCGCCACAAAAUCUCCAACAUAAAAAUAAUUCCGCGUUUCAAAACCCCAAAUUACAAAUUCAAAGUAUCCCUCUUAAAAGAAACGCCGUCCUUAUCAUUUCAUUUUCAUUUCAUUAUCAUUUCCUUUUCUCUCCACAAUUUACUCCCUCUUCGUAUCGAGAAAAUUUUUAUUUAAAAAUUAAAAGGCCAUGUAGUAGUGAGUGUAAACAAUAAAAAUUCACGCAGACUGAAAGAAUAAGUGCAGAGACGCUGCAAAGUUUUUUCAUGACAAGUGACAGAGCGACGUAAAUUUGCGGGGAUGAAUCCGGGAUGAGGGGGAAAUUCGAUUUCUCCAUGUGACAAUUUUCCUCGAAAUUUUGAUUAUAUCCGGGAUUUUAUGGUUGAGAACGUCAGAGAAGAAGAUAUUUCCGGAGGAUCAUGGAGUUACAGACGGAGGCUCCCGGAAAUUCAACAACGACGGUUGGCAGCACAGUUCCAGAAGAAGAGUACCGUAGAAUCACCCAGGAACGUCGCCAGGAGUGCCUGGAGUUCCUGUCCCUCAACACAACCUCUCCACCAGAACCUUAUUGUCCUGGUCUGUUUGAUGGAUGGUCAUGCUGGCCGGAUACUCCGGCGGGUCAGAAAGCCUUCACGAAAUGCCCCGCGUUCAUUACAGGAUUCGACGAAUCAUUGUAUGCCCACAAAAUUUGUGAAGCCAAUGGUUCGUGGUUUCGACAUCCGGACUCGAACCAGAUAUGGAGCAACUACACGACUUGCAUAGACAUAGAAGAUUACAACUGGCAACAGGCGAUCAAUGUCAUCUAUAAAACCGGAUACACUAUUUCGCUGAUUGCACUGAUCCUCUCUCUGGGCAUUCUCACCUAUUUUAGAUCUCUGAGAUGCGCGAGAAUAACUCUUCAUAUGAAUUUAUUCGCAUCAUUCGCCGUUAAUAACACCCUCUGGCUGAUUUGGUAUGGAUUAAUUGCAGCUAAUGCUGAACUUCUCAUGGAAAAUGGGAUUCUCUGUCGUUUGGUACACGUGAUACUCCACUAUUUCCUCCUUACAAAUUACGCCUGGAUGUUGUGCGAGGGUUUAUAUCUUCAUACGCUACUUGUCAGUGCGUUUACCAGUGAGCAUAAUUUAGUCAAGUGGUUGAUGGGCAUUGGAUGGCCAGCACCAGCUGUUUUCGUCGUGGUUUAUGCAACAUUGAGGGCAACUAGCGACGACCCUAAGGAUAAUUCACAAUGCUGGAUUGACGAGGGUAACUACAUCAACGUCCUGGUGUACCCUGUUUGCGUGUCAACUCUGCUCAAUCUUCUCUUCCUCUUCAACAUCGUUCGGGUUCUUUGUUCAAAGCUGAGAGCUGGUCCAGCCAUUGGAAGUCAACCAUCUCGCUCGAUGCUCCAAGCUUUCCGGGCAACUUUUCUGCUCGUUCCACUGCUGGGUCUCCACUAUUUACUUACACCAUUUCGACCACCCAAAGAUCAUGCCUGGGCGCAGUCUUACGAGAUCAUAUCAGCGAUUACUGCCUCAUUUCAGGGCCUCUGUGUUGCUGUUCUGUUCUGCUUCUUCAAUGGCGAGGUGAUCGCGCAGUUUAAACGCAAAUGGGAGGGCUCGGCAUUCAUGAGAAAACGCGCCAACUCAUGCACAGCAACCACAGUCUCGGUCCGGUGGCGGGAGAGGAGAAGGUGUGACUAUCAAAAGGAUAUUUCCACUCCGGAAAAGGAAAAGGACAACGAGAAACGUGACAUUAUUGCUGAGGGAGCGAGGUGUGAUGCUGAUGGGCCUUUACUCAUCAUCAACCAGUAUCAUGCGUGCUGAUGGGCUCUUGUUUUAUCGAGGACCACACAGCUCGGUACUAGGGGGAAAAACUCUCGGAGAAUUUCACGUCAAGUCAUUCCAUAAGUAUUGAGAGGAGCUAUGACUUUUAAAAGUCCUGGGUUAUUCCUGUGAAAUUUCUCCUUCCGAUACACGAUUUGAAUCCUGGAAAUAGUCCCUUCAAUUUUCCAGUUGUAACAUUUUUUAAAAACAUAACUGUUGUUCAUUCAUAAAAUAAAUCAAUUAAUUGAGUAUCGAAUCAGUUUUCCGAAUUACCUGUGCAUAAGUCGAUUUUCAAACAAAUUAACGCGCAAUAGUUAUGCUGCACUUUUAUUUUCAAUUUCAAAUCCUGAAAAUAGUCCCUUUAAUUUUAGGGCUGCAAUUUUUUUUUAAUUCAACUACAGUUCAUCCAUAAAAUUAUUUACAUAAUUGAAUAUUCAAUCAUUUCUUCGAAUUACCUAGGUAGAAAUCGAAUUUCGAAAAAAUUAACGGGUACUUAUUGUGCUACAUCUUUUUUCAAAUUUUAAUUAAUUUUUUUUUCAUACAAUAAAUUUUCAAUGAAUGAGAAAUAUGACUGCAAUAGACUCCACGUGAGUUAUUCUGCGGAAAUUCGUUUGCAAUGGAAAAAUUAUCCAUUGAAAAUGAUCAGAUUUCAGAAUUAACAAUAAAUUUCUUCAAAAUUUACAAAACUCCCUUCGGGAUACUUUAAUCCCCGAGGGAUUCUCCUCCACUAAUGAACUACCGAGCUGUCAAUCAAGGAAAAACGUGUAACUUAUCGACUUAUUCCCUCCUUCGAUAUAAUUUCUACGGUAAAUUUUGUAAAGUGAUAUUACAUCGAAAGCUUUUCCCCACUUGGAUAGUCUCGAUGACUUCUGGUCACUGCAUUCAUUUACCGCAACAACGAAUUAAUAACGAUCGCAACAAUUAGAUGAUUUCUCAAUCAUUUGCUUAGUCUCGUCUUCAUUUUAUUUUCACGCAAAUUGCUCAACUCCAAAUUAGAGCAUUGAGUUACCAAUUUCCUUUGUUAAGGAUUUCCCUGUAAAUUUAUGCACUGAUAUGACUAGUGAUACUGUAUAAUGAUUGGGUUCCUAUUAAAUUUCCACCGCGCAUGGACUUACGAAAUUCUAACGAAUAAGUUUCCGGGAAUAAUUUUUAUACGUAAAGUGAUAUAACAACUAAAUUGUGCGUGAGUUGAUCGUCCAAUAAUUUACAAUGCCUAGUUUAUAUUUUUCAAGACAAGGAAAAUGUACUUACAAGAGAGAAUAAAAAUUAUUUUAAAUACGUAUUAACAUAGGAGAGCAGAGGGAAAUCAUUUAUCACUAAACUAACAAUGUAUAAAAGUUUAUGACUGUUGAUUAUUAGAUUUAAUUGGAGAAUUUAUGGUGAAAAUUUAAUCGACGUGUAUGAAAAAUGUAGAACUGAAUAAACUUAAUAUUUAUCUGUGGAAA